AUGAUCCAGCUCAUCUUGAACAAGGGUCAAUCGACGAACACAUUUGCCGAAUUCAACAAGCGGGCACCCUUCCUGGAGGUUCAAGGACUGCGGGAAGCAUCAGGUGCUCCGAGGCUCCUACGGACGCACCUUCCGAUGAACAGACUGCGGCUCAGUGACAAAGCCAAAUACGUCUACGUUGCCAGAAACCCCUGGGACUGCUGCGUGUCCAACUUCCAUCUGAUGCAGGACUUUCCGUUGUUCGAGUUUGCCGAUGGAGCAUUCGGCGAUUUCCUGGACACGUUUCUCGACGGACGGUUUGGCUUCGGUGACUACUUCGACCACAUCAUCUCAGGUUACGAUCACAAACACGAUGCUAAUGUGUUUUUCGUUACAUACGAGGAGAUUUGUAGGGAUAAGGUGGACGUUGUUCAUAGGUUGGCGCGCUUCUUGGGCGAGGAGUACGGCGAUAUGGUGCGGAGUGACAGCGCGCUUCUGAAACUCAUUCUUGAACAGAGCAGCGUUGAAUUUAUGAAAAAUCUGUUGCGAACCGACCCUAAAGAAAUGUCGCAGGUAUUUACGCGCGCCAAUGUCCCAAUUAUCUCAACUGCGGAGGCGAGCCAAGAUACAAAGGAGGCCAAGUGCAGCUUUGUUCGGAAAGGUACAGUUGGGGGUUGGAAAUCGUACUUUUCGCCCGAAAUUGUCGCAAAAAUGCAGCAUAAAAUUGACGAAAAGUUCAAAGGUACGGAUAUUAUGAUGCUUUGGAUGAACCAAGAACUUUCUGAUAAGCAUUAA